AUGGAAUCCGAGCACCCAACACCGGCGGAAAUCGUCGCCUCGAUCUACCAUCUUCUGACGAGAAUCCUGCUACUCCUCCCCAUAAAAUCUCUCACGCGCUUCAAAUCGGUGUCGAAAGAAUGGCUGUCUCUCAUCUCCGACCCAGAGUUCUGCCAUCUCCGCAAUCCCAAUCCAAAUCCCGCAAUCGGCCUCUUUUUCCCCUCCGACGAACCUCAUCGGUGGUUAUCUCUCCCAUUCCACGCCAACAGAUCAAUUCCCCCGCCGUUUAGGUCAUCGGAAUUCACCGGAGACUCUCUCGGCUUCAGAAUUAUUCAAUCCUGCAAUGGGCUUCUGCUCUGUAUCAGCUCCCCUCGGUACCAUAAAAACCCUAAGUACUGUGUUUACAAUCCGACAACCAAUUGCUUCUCCGAGCUGCCGAAACCCAACGAGAGAAUCGUGUUUUUGAACGCGGUGUGUUGGAUGAGCUUAGCGUUUGAUCCUGCUAUGUCUCGUCACUACAACGUUGUUUGCCUCAGCAUCUUGUCGGUGGGAGUAAAUUCCGGCAACAAGGUGUUUCAGAUCAGAGUGUACUCGUCGGAGACUGGUUCCUGGCAAUUAUGCGGCGAGCAAUUUGAAGCUACGGUUAAUUUCGACAAUGGUGUCUAUUGGAAUCGCGCGGUCCAUUGGCUGGGUUCUGGGAAAGUAGACUCGUUCUACUUCAACAUCGACACCCAGGUGCUCGAUAAAAUGCCCAAGAGGCCUGGAAGGCAAGGCUGGAACAAUAGGACCGAUUAUUACUUUGGAGAAUCGUGUGGUCAUUUGCAUUUGACUGAGAUGACCGGUCCUUCAAUUGGAUUCAAUGUGUACGAGAUGAGAAGGGAUUACUCGGAGUGGUUCGUCGUGCACAAGGUAAAUCUUUCGUCAAUUGUUUAUUCUAAUCCUGAGAUGGUGGUGGGUCGUGCUCACGAGUUCGGGUUGUGCAACUUGGUUUUUUCGGUGCUUGCUAUAAUACGCGGAGAGAGGGAGGAGGAUUCUUUCUUGGUUAUCCAGCUUCCCGGGAAAGCAAUCCGAUACAAUCUUGUUAGCAAGACUUGCGAAAACUUACCUGUGGUUGAAGAUACGGAUAUGAUCGAACGGUGUUUAAUGUAUCCCGAAACAAUCCCGAUUACAAGUUCUCUUAGGCCAAACGGCAUCGUUUGGAAUGUUGAUGGGAUUGAUAAGUUAUUAGAGUCUAGUGCGACAAACGAGUUCGAUCGGAAAAGUAUUGAUAGUUCGGGUCUAAGCCCUAAAUUUGUUGAGUUGUACUUGAUAUUGGGUGAAUUAGGUGGUUCUACUUUUCAAAUUCAAAUAAAAAUUCAAAGUAUAACCGCAAACUUCAUAUAUAAGCAAUAA